AUGAAUAUGCCCUUGCAAAGUGAUGGAACGGUCUUUUUCAACGCAACUCUCUUCGCUUUAGUGCGGCGAAAUCUACGAAUUAAAGUCCCGGAAGACGAUGAAAAGGAAAAGUCGUUGGAUCAAUUAAAUGAGGAGUUGCGAUCGGUGAUUAAGAAGAUCUGGAAACGAACGAGUCCCAAACUGUUGGAUCAAAUUCUUCCUCCCAAAGAGUUGGAUGUGGUGACGGUUGGUAAAUUCUACGCAACUUUCUUGAUCCAAAAUUGGUUCCGUGAAUGGCAAAAGAGGAAGAUGAUCCAAAAGGACACUCGAUAUAUUCCUCAGAUCAUGCAAUUUCUCAAACUCUGCAUUUACCCCUUAUCACAGGCUGGCGAUCGUUCAAUGCCACAUCAGCCGACAAUUGUGGGUUUCCCGCGUCGUUGUUCCUCUGAUCUCACCGGCGACGACAUCCAACGCAGAAAAGGCGAAAAGAAUCUUGCGCCUCACUAUUUGAUUUUCAUAUGCGGUGAAGAUUUUCAGGAACACACUCCGACUCCUCCAAAAGUUCAAAGCACAUCUGAACACCAACACGCGAUUAGAACGAGGAUGGUUGAGUGGAGUUAUCCCGAAAUAUGA